ACUCAUCCCCGAACGCUACAGUCUCCUUCCGGGUCGCUGUAUUACAAUCCGUUUCCCUAUGUUACCAUAUAUACCGUAGCUGUAUGGUACAGGCUGGUUGGGGGGCGUUUUCAAGAAAUCCCUCCAAAAACUCUAUAUAGGAGGGAGCUCGGGGCGGGAUUUCAGAAGUUUGCCACAAUUACGUCUCUAAGAAGUUUCUUUUGGAAAGCGAGUUUACUUCGUACAGCCUGAGUGAGUAGGUUAGCUAACGCCAUCGGUUUCUAUCGCACCCCCUCUUUCCCUUUAGCCGAUGGACCGGUUCAGUUAUUCCGAAGCAGGGGACUUGUUUUGCGCGAGCCAACUUCGUUACUUUGGAUGUGUUCCGGUUACCGUCCUUCGCAGUUAGCUUGUUAGCUAUUAGCCAGUCAAUGUAAACAAGCUGCAAAACGAAAGUGAACAUUACACACAUAAGACAUAAGCUUAGGGUUUGGUUUUUUCCCCCAGACAAAACGACGAUGUAAUUCAGCGAAAUAAACUGCCAGAGAAAUUGGAAAUUGGAACUUUGCGUUCCUUAAAAAAAUACACGAGCGGUUUCUUCUUCGUUAGUGCGGUACGAAACAAACACGGGAGGUUUUCUUCUUCGGUGGUCUGCAUCUCAGUCUGGGAUCCCCAGUAAACUGUCUCUGGGGGAAGUGUGAAACUGUGAUUACAUUUUGCAGUCUUUAGUUAAAGCAUUAGAUCACACACACAAACACACUCAGGGGAGUGAGAAAAGGCGAUGAAAACCCUGAGCUGAGUUCUCCAGAGCCUUGUGGAUAUCUGCUCUAACAGAUAAUCGCCUCUUUUGGCCACCAUGCCUGGCCCGGUGGCGGGCAGCACAGCUCGGGUCUACGCCGAUGUGAACACUCUGAAGAGCAGAGAAUACUGGGAUUAUGAAGCUCAUGUGCCAAACUGGAGUAAUCAGGAGGACUAUCAGCUGGUGCGGAAGUUGGGCCGCGGGAAGUACAGCGAGGUGUUCGAGGCCAUUAAUGUCAACAACAGUGAAAAAGUGGUGGUGAAGAUCCUGAAGCCUGUCAAGAAGAAAAAGAUCAAGCGAGAAAUCAAAAUCCUGGAAAACCUGAGAGGAGGAACCAACAUCAUCCGGCUAGUGGACACCGUAAAGGACCCUGUGUCUCGAACUCCUGCUCUUGUCUUCGAGUGCAUCAAUAACACUGAUUUCAAGGAGCUGUACCAGAAGUUAACAGAUUUCGAUAUACGUUAUUACAUGUACGAACUACUAAAGGCCCUGAACUACUGCCACAGUAUGGGCAUCAUGCACCGUGAUGUCAAACCCCACAACGUCAUGAUCGAUCAUCAGCUGAGGAAGCUGAGGCUGAUAGAUUGGGGUCUGGCUGAGUUCUAUCACCCUGCGCAGGAGUAUAAUGUCCGAGUGGCGUCUCGCUACUUCAAGGGUCCUGAGCUGCUCGUGGAUUACCAGAUGUACGACUACAGUCUGGACAUGUGGAGUCUGGGCUGCAUGCUGGCCAGUAUGAUUUUCAGGAAGGAACCGUUCUUCCACGGUCAGGAUAACUAUGAUCAGUUGGUGCGGAUUGCUAAAGUCCUCGGAACCGACGAGCUUUUCGGCUACCUGCGCAAAUACCAUAUUGAACUGGACCCACGCUUUAAGGACCUGCUUGGCCAGCAGACGAGGAAGUGCUGGGAGCAGUUUGUACAGACGGAGAAUCAGCACCUGGUGAGUCCUGAGGCUCUGGACCUGCUGGAUAAACUACUGCGCUACGACCACCAGCAGAGACUCACCGCCACCGAAGCCAUGGAGCACCCCUACUUCUACCCAGUGCUGAAGGAACAGUCUCUUACCAAUGCGAAUAACACUGUAGGAUCAGAAGGAUCUAAUGCAGCUCGGUGAACAGAUUUUCAGAAAGCUGAAAAUAACUUGUUACCUCAGUUUACCCUUCGUGGCAGAAACCUCUCAAUAUGUACAGUUGAAGAUGGGCAAAAGCAGUAUCGACCAGUUUACACCUUUUACACACACACACACACACACACACACACACACACACACACACACACACACACACACACUGUGUUGUCCUUCUCCGUAUCAGUGAAGGUUGGUCUGUCCCCUGUACCUCCAUAGGCGCUGAAGCCAUUUUAGUUUGGAGAUCAUGAAGAAGCCUCCUGUUUUAUUGAUAGGUGAGGAGUUGUUAGAGGAUUAAGGCCAGUCUCUGUCCCCCCUCGUACCGUGACCCUGCCUUCGUUUACCUUGCCGUGAAGAGUGAAGCACAGAUAAUACCCUGCCCUCACUGUUCUCCUCACUGGUCUGUCUGUGUGUUCAGUAUUCAGACCCCAGUGUGGUGUCUUAUGCACCACCACACAGAAGAAGUGGCAUAUUGGACCUCAUUUCUCUCUGCUCUAGGUAGAAAAGUAUUAAUGACAAUAAAUGACUUUUAUUUAA